GGAAGUUCCGCGCGCUCGGAUGGGUCUCCAAAGCUUUUAAAAGAAGGAGCGUGACAACGAGAUAAAGUAAGAAAGACUGAAGAGGCUAGGAGGGCUGAGGAAUAUCCUUUUUUGUUCUCUUCACAAAACCCAUUUGACACACACUUGGGACCUUUAGGAAUUUCGUGAAACACAAUAAAACAGAAAGACUGUUGUUGCGCACAGACAAGGGACGAUGAUGACCAAACCUUAUGGGAAGUCGGGAGACGUGGUGGACCUGGUGAGCGCUCUGGGCUGGAUGGACGAAGAGCUGAGCCUCCAGGAGAGGGAGGGGGCGACCGAGAUGGGGCGCUACGGAUUGGGCAGGGCCGGGCGGGGCGGCGGUGGAGGAGGAGGCGGAGAGGACCUGGGGAGCGAGGACCUGGAGGAGGAAGGGGAGGAGGAGGAGGAGGAGGAGGACAACAACUUCAGAGAGGAGGAGGAGGAGGGUGAGAAGGCGCCCAAGAGGAGGGGCCCGAAGAAGAAGAAAAUGACCAAAGCCAGGCAGGAGAGGUUCCGCGCCCGCCGCGUCAAGGCCAACGCCCGCGAGCGCUCGCGCAUGCACGGCCUCAACGACGCCCUGGAAAACCUGCGCCGCGUCAUGCCCUGCUACUCCAAGACCCAGAAGCUGUCCAAGAUCGAGACCCUGCGGCUGGCCCACAACUACAUCUGGGCCCUGUCGGAGGUGCUGGAGAGCGGCCAGUCCCUGGAGGCCCCGGGCUUCAUGGAGAUGCUGUGCAAGGGGCUCUCCCAGCCCACCAGCAAUCUGGUGGCCGGCUGCCUGCAGCUGGGCCCCGCCCCCGCGCUGCUGGACGAGAAGUGCGGCGGGCCGGGGGCGGCCGGCAUGGCGGGGCAGCAGCGGCACCCGUUCAGCUACCCCUCCCCUGGCCUGCCCAGCCCUCCCUACGGCUCCCUGGAGGCCUCCCACCUGGUGCACUUAAAAGGCUUCAAGGGCAGAGCCUACGAGAACCCCUCCCCGAACGAGUGCAGUGCCGGCACGCCCCCCUAUGACGGGCCCCUGACUCCGCCCCUCAGCAUCAGCGGCAACUUCGCUCUCAAGCAGGAGCCCUCGCCGCAUGAUGCGGAGAGGGGCUACGCCCCGCACCCCGCCCACUUCCUGUCCUCGCACCAGUACCCGCCCUCCUCCAUGGGGGGUCUGCCGGGGCCCCAGGGCCACGCCCUUUUUCAGGCGUCCCGCUUUGAGCUGCCCCUGGACAUGGCCUUCGACUCCUUCGCCCCGCCCCACAUGGUGGCGGCACAGAUGGGCGCCAUUUACAGCGAGUGACAUGGAUGCCUUCGUGCCAUCUGGCCCUCGACUUUGUACCUGACCGAACCCCUAGAUUCGCAUUAUAUAUUUUAAAGCCUCAUCUGUAGUGAUACAGCUCACUGUCUCCACACUGUCCGUUCGCACAACUGGAUAUUGACUGAAUCCAGCCUCGGUGACUUGUGCAAGGUCACAGCGGUGGUGGGAGUUGGAUCUGCUGCCUUGUGUUUGCAAUUCCUACUCUGUACCCUUUUCUGUCAGGUGUGGGAGUGAGUGAGUGAGAGCUAAUUACAGAACAAAGCAGUGCAACGAACAACAACAUUUCAGAACAUCAUAACAGCGGACAAAAAUGCUCAAUAAUAAGCAAACAAUUGUUUUCGAAAAUGGUUCACAUACUUUUGCCAGCAGACUUCCUGUAAUGAUACAACAGCUAUGUUUUUGACAGCAAUGAACCAGUUAUCAAAAAAAAGUAGUAAAUUAUGCCCCAAUUCGAUGUCAGUUCUCUUUGCAUUGACUUAGGAAAUGAAUUGGAAAUGUCUAAAUUAUGUUGGUACAAAAGGAUAUCAUCCAGCAGCAGUUUGGGAGUUAUUUUCAAUGUAAAA